AUGAGCUCGGCGUCUCGGCGAAAGGUCUUGCUCAUGGGCAAGAGCGGGAGCGGCAAGACGUCGAUGCGUUCGGUCAUCUUCUCAAAUUAUACAGCCAAAGAUACGCGGCGGUUAGGCGCGACCAUUGAUGUCGAGCAGAGCGCUGUCCGGCUCUUGGGGUCAUUGGUCCUCAACCUGUGGGACUGUGGUGGUCAAGACGCGUUUCUUGACAAUUACCUCAGUUCUCAGCGCGAUACCGUCUUCUCCAAUGUCGCUGUUUUGAUUUACGUGUUCGACAUUACGUCGGCUGAGUGGGAAAAAGACCUACAUUACUUUGAGGAUAACGUUACGGCUUUGCGCGAGAACUCGCCCGAAGCCGGCGUUUGGGUCCUCAUCAACAAGAUGGAUCUCGUGGAUAAAGACGACCCCAAGCGAAUCAAGUAUACAGAGUACUGCGAACAAGUGCGGGCUCUGAAUGCCCGUAUCUCGGCCGACGAGCCGUCGGCAGGAGCGUUGCGCUGCUUCCCGACCAGUAUUUGGGACGAGUCGCUGUACAAGGCCUGGUCGUCUGUCAUCCACACCUUGAUUCCCAACAUCGAACUGAUCACUGCCCACCUCGAUUUCUUGCGCGAUCUACUUGGCGCCGCAGAAUGCGUCCUCUUUGAAGCUGAAACAUUCCUCGCCAUGGGCAAGAGCGGUUCGCCGAUCGACUGCGAACCCUCGGAACUCGAAGAGAUCGAAGUCGACCGCGGUGUGCCGGGCCUCGAUAGGCAGCGGUUUGAGAAGAUUAGCGAGAUUGUCAAGAGCUUUCGCAAGACGUGCCAGCGUACUGGCGAGGUGUUUACUGGCUUUGAGACAGCGUUUGAUGGACUCAGUGUCGUGCUCGAACCGAUGAGCAAGAACACUUAUAUCCUUGUGGUUAGCGUCGAUCCACGCGUUCACGCUGGGCUCAUCAAGUAUAACAUUGCGGAGGCGCAUUUACAUUUUGCAGAGGUCGGGACAUGGUCCGCCUUUACGCGCAAGUGUGGCGUCUGCCGCGACUCUAUCAAGACAAUGGCCGAUAUCACUUACAAUGCAAAGGGCGACGACGAUCCCUCGGUGCGCGCAUGGGACGACGUCGGCUUCAACGUCAAGGAGAGUGCAUAG